GGAAUGAAGCUGACUGGUUACAGAUUGAAACCUCUGAAACUGUGAUCCCACAAAUCAUUUCCCAGCAGGAGUCUGCUGCAAAAACUUCAUUGCAAGGUGGGCUGCCAUUUCACACAGGAGGAAGAGGAGCUGGGACUACACUCACCAACUCCUGUCUUCUGGAUCCUGGGCCAGCUCUUGUCUGUGACAUUGUGUUUGCCAACAUGGCACCCAAAAAGAAGCCUGUCAAAAAGAACAAAGCAGAUAUCAAUGAGAUGACUAUAAUUGUAGAAGAUAGCCCCUUAAACAAACUGAAUGCUUUGAAUGGGCUCCUAGAAGGAGGCAAUGGCCUUAGCUGCAUUUCUUCUGAAUUAACAGAUGCUUCAUAUGGCCCCAACCUCUUGGAAGGCUUAAGUAAAAUGCGGCAGGAGAGUUUCCUCUGUGACUUAGUCAUUGGUACCAAAACCAAAUCCUUUGAUGUUCAUAAGUCAGUGAUGGCUUCAUGCAGUGAGUACUUCUACAACAUCCUGAAAAAAGAUCCAUCAACUCAAAGAGUGGAUCUCAAUGAUAUCUCACCUCUGGGCCUGGCCACUGUCAUUGCAUAUGCCUACACUGGAAAGCUGACCCUCUCCUUGUACACCAUAGGAAGCAUUAUUUCUGCUGCAGUUUAUCUUCAGAUCCAUACUCUUGUAAAGAUGUGCAGUGAUUUUUUGAUUCGGGAGAUUAGUGUUGAGAAUUGUAUGUACAUUGUUAACAUUGCUGAAACAUACUCCCUGAAAAAUGCAAAGGCAGCAGCCCAGAAAUUUAUCCGGGAUAACUUCCUUGAAUUUGCAGAAUCAGAUCAAUUUAUGAAACUUACAUUUGAACAAAUUAAUGAACUUCUUAUAGAUGAUGACUUACAGUUGCCUUCUGAGAUAGUAGCAUUCCAGAUUGCAAUGAAAUGGUUAGAAUUUGACCAAAAGAGAGUGAAACAUGCUGCAGAUCUUUUGAGCAAUAUUCGCUUUGGUACCAUCUCUGCACAAGACCUGGUGAAUUAUGUUCAAUCUGUACCAAGAAUGAUGCAAGAUGCCGAUUGUCACAAACUUCUUGUAGAUGCUAUGAAUUACCACUUACUUCCGUAUCAUCAAAACACAUUGCAGUCUAGGCGAACAAGAAUCCGAGGGGGCUGCCGAGUCCUUGCCACUGUUGGAGGACGCCCAGGUCUUACAGAGAAGUCCCUUAGUAGAGACAUUUUGUAUAGAGACCCUGAAAAUGGAUGGAGUAAGCUUACAGAAAUGCCGGCCAAGAGUUUUAAUCAGUGUGUGGCUGUGAUGGAUGGAUUUCUUUAUGUAGCUGGUGGUGAAGAUCAGAAUGAUGCAAGAAAUCAAGCCAAGCACGCAGUCAGCAAUUUUUGCAGAUACGAUCCCCGCUUUAACACCUGGAUACACCUGGCCAGCAUGAACCAGAAGCGCACGCACUUCAGCCUAAGUGUGUUCAAUGGGCUCCUUUACGCUGUGGGCGGCCGCAACGCAGAGGGCAGCCUGGCCUCGCUGGAGUGCUAUGUGCCCUCCACUAAUCAGUGGCAGCCGAAGACGCCCCUGGAGGUGGCGCGCUGCUGCCACGCCAGCGCGGUGGCUGAUGGCCGCGUGCUAGUGACCGGCGGCUACAUCAGCAACGCUUAUUCUCGCUCCGUGUGUGCUUACGACCCGGCCAGCGACUCGUGGCAGGAGCUUCCGGGCCUGAGCACGCCGCGCGGUUGGCACUGCGCUGUCACGCUGUGUGACAGAGUGUACGUAAUGGGGGGCAGCCAGGUGGGGCCGCGCGGGGAACGCGUGGACGUGCUGACGGUGGAGUGCUACAGCCCGGCGACCCGCCAGUGGAGCUACGCCGCCCCCCUGCAGGUGGGCGUGAGCACGGCGGGAGCCUCUGCGCUGCAUGGCCGCGCCUACCUGGUAGGCGGCUGGAACGAGGGCGAGAAGAAGUACAAGAAGUGCAUCCAGUGCUUCAACCCCGAGCUCAACGAGUGGACAGAGGACGACGAGCUGCCAGAGGCCACCGUGGGCGUGUCCUGUUGCACCCUCUCGAUGCCCAACAGCGUGACUCGGGAAUCCCGAGCCAGCUCGGUGUCCUCAGUGCCAGUCAGCAUCUGAGCCCAGGUAGAUUAAGAUGGGACGCAGGAAGAACACGUAUUUAUUCGUAGAGCCACGUGGUUAAACUUUGAGUUGACGAAUAGGAAAAUAUGUAACAUUUACUACAAUGAUUGUGUUUUAAAAUAUUAGACAUACGUCUUGGUGGCUUUAAAUUCUUGGUAUGACAUAAUCUACCUCUCUCUCUCUCUCUCUCUCUCUCUCUCUCUCUCUCAAGCAAAAUACAGGGCCGGCCAACAAAAGAAAUAAGUUUAUUUCAACAGCCGCUGGGUGGCAGACACAGUUUGUUGUAGGCACUCUUCCAGUGUGGUAUGUGUCCUAAAGGAUAGCGGUUAUACCCACAUUUGAGAUUUUUUUUUCCUAUACUUUCGUACACAUGAAGUUUAUAAUGAGUGAGAAACGUUGUGUUCUAGAGUUUUUCCCUCCCUCUUUUUUCUUUAAUAGUUUGAAAAUAAUCAUUUAUAGAUUUUAUUUUAAAAUGGAAAUUGUAUCCACAAAGACUUAAUACUGUAUUUCAACACAAUUUCUUUUACUAUACUUGAAUCAAUAAAGGGUUUUGAAAGGCACCCCAUGAUAAAGUUAUAAAACUUAAAACAAAGACCAGAAAGGAACAGGGAUUCCACUCAAGGACUGGCAGGUCGUUGGAAUCCCUUCUUUGAGAGUAGGAAUUGAUUUUAGUCAAAUAAAACUGUGCUCUUAAGGACCAUUAACUUAAAGCUUAGCCUGAAGGUUAUACAACCAAUUACAAUAAUUUUAUUUGUCCCACUCAUAUAAUUAGGAUGAAGGAAAUAUUUGGAAUUCUUGGAUUUGCAAAUAACUGGAUGAAUGGAUUCUCCUAUUGGUAAAUGCCAUUGUUUCCCAUUUCAUAUCUACCACCUUGGUUUCAGUUAAAAAUUUAACACAUUCAUUUCACAUAGAAAUAUUAAAAUAAUAUGGCCCAUUCUGUUUUAUUAAUCUCAUCUACUCCAAAUUAGCUUUGCAGAUCAAAGCACAUCCACCUGCUAUCAUUUUUUCUUACAUGUUUGCCAAGUUUGGAGAAAAGGUAACAAUUGUAGUAAAUGAUACUUAUUUUCCUAUCUUAUAAUUUGUGACUUUUUUCUUCGCUAGUUUGUUUUGGAGAGGAAGUAGCCAAUUAAUUAUAGGUUAUGUACAAUUGGAUUUUGAAAAAUAAACUGUUUAAAAGAUUAGACAUGAGAUACAUGAAUGAUAUAAGUUGGUUUUAAUUAAUCCCAUCCUCUCCCACCUGGUGUAGAUAGACUAUUGCUUGAGUUAUACUAUGUAUAUCUAAAAUACAGUCAACCCUCCUUAUCCACUUGUUCCAUAUCUGUGGAUUCCAACUAACCAUGGAUUGAAAACUUUUGAAAAAAAAUUUUUUUCAUCUGAAUUGAACAUGUACAAACUAUUUUUCUUGUAAUUAUUCCCUAACAGUAGUGUUACAACUCACAUUACAUUUACAUUGUAUUAGGUCUUAUAAGCAUGUAGAGAUGAUUUAAAGUAUACCAGAGGAUGUGAGUAGGUUAUAUGAUAAUACAUGCCAUUUUAUAUAAAGAACUUGAGCAUCCAUGGAUAGUGGUAUCCUGAAACCAAUUCCCCAAGGAUACUGUAGGGCAACUGUAUUUUAUUUCAACUGUGAAAAGUGGUUCAUGUUGUACACUUUUGUGGAACAAUUUUAUAUCAUUGCCCCUUAUGAACAGUCUGAUCUCUGGGUAUUUAAUGGUAACACUCAGGUACAGGCUAUAAAUGCUACAAAUUGAGAACAAGACAUUAUUAGUGUGAAAACACUGUGCUCGAUCCUUAUUCCAUACAGAGAAUGAGGAGUUUUAUCAAGUAUGGAGCGGAUUAAUGGCACCUGUUCCUUUGACUCCUUAUCUGCCCUGUCUGGAAAAUAAAGUUCUGUGAGGAAGUAGUUUAUGGAGUGGGUUAAAUGACUAAACUCUUAAUUUACCAAUGAUACAAAAAGGCUAUAGAUAGCCUUUUGUCUUUGCACCAGCAUGGGUGAAAUAAACUUUUCACUUUUAAUCAGUUAUUUUGGCUACAAUUUGCAAAGUCUGUGUGAAGGUAACUGUAACAUCUUUUACCUUGGUAUACACUCAUGCAACUGAAAAGCCUACAGUACAUUGUUAAUUUCAAGAAGGAAAAAAGUCCUUUAUUAUGGAUUACAGAUCAUCAUUGGGCAAACAGAAGUAAUUCCUUGAUGUGUCUCCUAUUGAGAUGUUAGAGGUGUGUGGAGAACCCAGGGCUCAAAAUGAAAUAAGAAUCAAUCAAUUAUAAUAUUAUAUGAUUAAAAAAAAUGAGGAGAGAUACUGAAACUAGAGAAGUUUUUCUUCUAUCACCGCUUGUUAAGAUAGAUUGUGCAAAACUUGGCAGUGGCUUUCUAGGAAUAAAACUGAAGACACUUUAGAGUUGGAUAAAUAAUUUGAAAUUACCAUUUAAAUUAUUGUCCUCAUUGUUUAUCUGAAGACUCAUAAAUACAUAUACUUGGGCUUAGCAGGUUUCUGGAUAUGUUACAGUUUUAUCUUCUGCUUCAACAGUUAUCAGUGAAGACCAAUAUGAGUUUAGAAAGCUGAAUGAAGUUUCCUGACAUAAUGUUAGUAGGAAGUGUGGAACAUAAGGUUUGGUGAAAGUUUUGAAUUCUGGAACAUCCUGCAUCACUGCCAACUGAAAGACACAAACCGAUGCCAAAUCAAAAUAAUGUGUGUCACUUUUCAUGUGUAACUGAGACAGAUUAUUUAACCCCACUUUGGAAGCAGCUGCUCCUGGAAAAUAUGACAGUGUCUCCAAGCUUCAGAACUGAAAAUUUACUUCUUUUUUUUUAUUAUGGUGUAAGCUUGCAUUCAGUUAUACUCCCAGUCUUAGGAUCCAACCAUAUACUUCCUUUUAUUUUUCUGAAAGAAAAGGAUGUGUUAGUUUUGUAUGCCUGAGUGCUGUGAUUAAAUAAACACAUCAAUUCAAUAGAUCAGAAACAAGUGUGUUACCCAGCAGCAGAAACAAUAAAACUCAAACUCACUUCUUCUGAAUGGGGCCAGAGACCUGAUAAGAAAGUCUCCAGGAAGCCAGACUUUAAUGUAGCUUGUCUAUUUUUAGUUAGAUUCUUGGGGCAAGUUGUGAUCCCUGGUGCAUUAGUUGCUUUCAGCGCACUGAAUGAGUUUUAUUUUUACUUCCUAUGUUGAAAGAAUGGUUACAAAUAGAAGGUCAGUGUUGGCACAGAUGAAUAUGGCUUCAUGCAAUAAGUAGAUGGUAGUGGAGUGUUAUGAGUGAGGAGGUAUAAUUGAGGUAAUAAGGAAGCAAGUAUGGAAUGGUCUAUAAUUUAAGGCAAAGGAGCAAUUAUAGUAAGUGUAUUUUACAAACAUGUAUGUAAAUAGGAUUUUACCUGGAAAUAUAUAAGUGUUAAAAGGCCUUUUUCUUUUCCCACACUAGCUAUUCUGGCAAAGUGUUUAUAUAAUUUAUCCAAGUUACUAAAGAGACUAAAAUCAUUAAUUUAAUUUACUUUUCUCUUAGUUACAACCAAAUGAAUUUGUGUAAUUUCUGAAUGGGCAAAAUUCCCAUCCUAACCAAGGAUGAAUAUGUUCUCUAGCACAAGACAGAAUUAAAAGUAAGUCGUUUCAGUAUUUUUUUUCAUAUCAAUAAAAACUACAGCAUAAUUUCCCAAACACUCCUCCCUAGGUAUUUAUGAGAACUAAAGACUCUAAGUAUUAAAGUUUUAUCCUAUAGCACACUUGGUGGGUAAAUACCAUUUAAUUUUCCCUCUCAGGAAAUUUGAAAUAAAAUGCUUAUCUCGGAGACUCCUAAAAGUAUUUUAUUUAUUCAGCAAAUUUUGGCAGAUAAUUACUUUGUUUGCUUAAAACAUUCAGGUACUAUAUCAGGAACAACAGACUAAAAUGUAUGAUAGUGUUAUUUUGUAACCUCAUCACUAUCAAUAAAGCUGCGUUCUAUAAGAGCUUA